AUGCGGAUCGCUGUCGCCAGUCUCGCGAGCGCGCAGUCACGCAAAUGGAUUUUGCCGUCGCUAUGGCUGAUCCUGGUAUUCUGGUUCCUGGGUCGGGUAUUCAACCAUUCGAAGUACGCGGAUAAACUCAAUGUGUUUUCUGGAAAUGGAACAUUUGGUGCGACAAAGGCGCAGUUUUACGACUACUACAAGCUGCUUCGACAUUCGGGCAACAAAACGGAUUCGCACCUCCAAGCAGAUUGGAUGACGGUCAAUGUCAGCACGAGUAACAAAGCUGCCGUGAUUAUCGAGACUCGAAGAUCUGGAGGAAUCGUACCACUUGUGCUUCAUUUCAGUGCUGUUCUUGGACCAGACUGGCCAAUCGUAAUCUACACAGCCGCUGAAAACUUUGGAUCGUUUAGCACAUCCGCUGCUCUUCUACGCCAUCAACGAGCAGGACGAGUCGUGAUCCGCGCUCUCGCUGACGGCGUAUACUUCCCGAACUGGAAUUCCGUCUCGGACUUUCUCACGACACCAUGGAUUUGGGAGGAAAUGGCACCUGCAGAACAUGUACUCUUGUUCCAGACAGAUAGCAUUUUAUGCUCAAAUUCAGUACGAAAGGUAGACGACUUUUUCGAGUGGGAUUUUGUGGGCGCGCCAAUCAAUCCGGAUAUUGGAGUUGGAUAUAAUGGCGGAUUAAGCUUGAGGAACAGGAAAACGACAUUGAGGGUACUGUCCGAGUUCGAAUGGGCUGCGAAGCCAGAGCCAUACCCCGAGGACCAGUGGUUCUUCUCCCGGAUGAAGGAUUUGCAGGAGAAGGAUAGCGAGGAGGGGAUCGUGAGCAGCAUCAAGUUACCAGACAUGGAAACUGCGAGAACGUUUGCAGUCGAAACGAUCGAUUACCCUCAUCCAUUAGGACUACAUCAACCUGAUAGAUUUUUGAAGGAACAUAUUUUGUCCCUUGAUGAAUGGUGUCCGGAGUAUAAACUUGCCACAAAGGACAGGAUUGGAAAUUAA